AUGUAUAGUGGAAAGAAGAACUAUAUCAAACUUGUCGGACAGUUCGGAGAUGGAAUCUAACACGGAUGUCCCGCAGAGACAGUUUACAUGUCGCCUGUGUGGUCUGUCUACCCCCUUCACGUACUACGGACAGAAACCACCGAACACCAGAUCUAUAAUAUUGCUGGAAGAGUGCUAUGUGACUAAAGACCCGUUCAGCCCAGACAGGGAGAGGUUCCUGGUGUUGGGGUCUCACUGCAGCAGCUGCAACUCUCCUGUCUGUGUUGGAACUGACUGCAGCCUGUUCUACACCAGGAGGUUCUGUCUGCCCUGUGUGACUCAGAACCAGAGCCAGUUGCCUCCACAGAUCCAGGUUGAGCUGAGCAAGAAGAAAUCCAGAAGCACAAUGCCCCAGACAGCCCUGUCCUGACCCAUAUACCCCUGUUCUGACCCAAACACCCCUCUCCUCGUCCAGACAGCCCUGUCCUUCCCUCUCUCCUCCAAUCAAAGACUGCAUCAAGUCAACAGGUUCAACACAGAUUUUGCUUUUGCAGUUGACCCUUGACCAUUGGUAGAUAUCUGCAACUAGACCAAGACUUCCCUGAGGGGAAGACUGUCAGCAGAGGGCGACAGAGACCAGGAAGUGACAUGUUGCGGUGACAGGGCAGCUGUGAAACACUGAAAUGAUCUGACAUUUAUAUUAAAUAACAAUGUAGUAUGUUUUACAAUACAUGUAUGACUGCUGUAAUUGAUCAAUACUGUGUAUAUUCAGAGUUAUUGGAAGUAGUACACAGUUAUAGUAUAUUAACUUUCAUUAGAAUUUAGAUUUUUUUCAAUUUGCUUUUAUCCAAUGCAACGUCCAAAAAGAUUAAGUACAGCAGUACCAGGAUCAGAAGAGAUCUAACCCUGCUAACACUAAUACAUGCAGAAGUAUUGACAGUAAGAGUCUGGAUAAGAUAUUUUACGUAUACUCUCAGUGGUUGAUACAGUCACGUUAACCUUAAGAACAAAGUAUGGGCGGUGCUCGUGCUGGAAACCACUAUGUCUUCAGUUUUAAAAUCUCUUGCUGUCAAUCUCUUUAGCUCACUACUUUUUCCUCUAAAGCCAUAUUGGUUAAACAAAUGACUCGCCAGUUGUUUUCGUUUCAGUACGGAGUUGACAGGAGUGUUUUAAUCACGCUCUUGUUUUGAUCGAGAGAGGAAGUUUUUUUUUUUUUAGCUCGUACGGUAAUGCUUUUAACUUGGGACCAGGACUGCCUUUAAAGUA